UCAUGUUAAGAGACUGUCACUUCUGGGCGGGAAACAAACUUCUAUUAAUUCAUUUGAUUGGAGAAAGGUACCAAAUGUUUCCUUUCUUGUUUUUGGCUUGUGUUGUAGCCAUCAAGGUAUUCAAGAAGACUACCCCAAAUGGAAAAGUCACAGUUUACCUUGGUAAAAGAGACUUCAUUGAUCACUUAGAUAGUGUAGAUCCUAUUGAUGGCAUUGUGGUUGUUGAAAAUGAUUAUCUUCAAGGAAGGAAGGUCUAUGGACAGGUAACAACAGUUUUCCGCUAUGGACGCGAAGAGGAUGAAGUUAUGGGUGUCAAGUUCAGCAAGGAACUUGUUCUGUGUCGUGAACAGGUAGUUCCAAUAAAAAAGGAAAAACAGGACAUGACACCCAUUCAAGAACGUCUUCUGAAACGACUUGGAGCAAAUGCAUAUCCAUUUUUAUUUCAAUUUCCACAAAAUUCUCCCAGUUCAGUUACACUUCAACCUGGUGAUGAUGAUCAAGGCAAACCAUUGGGAGUUGAGUAUACUGUCAAGGUGUAUGUAGGUGAACAUGAAGAAGACAAGGGACACAAAAGAUCAUCUGUUGCAUUAGCUAUAAAGAAAUUGCAAUAUGCUCCACCUACGAGAGGACGUAAAUUACCUAGCUCUUUAGUUUCCAAAGGAUUUACGUUCUCUCAAGGGAAACUAAAUCUUGAAGUUACACUUGACAGGGAGAUCUACUAUCAUGGAGAAAAAGUAGUUGCAAACGUUAUAAUUACUAACAACUCUCGAAAAGCAGUAAAAAAUAUUAAGCUUUUUGUGGUGCAACACUGUGAAGUGACAAUGGUUAAUACUCAAUUUUCUCGACACGUGGCUAGCUUAGAAACACGAGAGGGUUGCCCAAUUACACCUGGUGCUUCCUUUACAAAAGAGUUCUAUCUUGUACCUUUAGCUAGCAGCAAUAAGGACCGUCGAGGAAUUGCUUUGGAUGGUCAUUUAAAGGAUGAUGAUGUGAAUCUGGCAUCUUCAACUAUGGUCGCUGAGGGUAAAACUCCUGGUGAAGCUAUGGGUAUUGUUAUUUCUUAUUCGGUACGAGUAAAAUUAAAUUGUGGCACGUUGGGUGGUGAAUUAGUUACAGAUGUUCCAUUUAAGUUGAUGCAUCCUGCUCCUGGAGCUGCAGAGAAAGAAAGGGCUACCCUGAAGAAAAAUAAGAGCAUUGAUAGAGCACGUUAUGAAAAUUCUUGUUAUUCUAAUGAUGAUGAUGAUAAUAUUGUGUUUGAAGACUUUGCUCGUCUACGUUUGAACGAGCCAGAAUAAAGAACAUUCUCAAAAUGACAAAUAUUUACUUCAAAGGAAUCUUGGACUUACAAUACAGUUUAGUAAAUUUAAUUAAUAUACAAUAGAAUUAUCAACAGAAUUAGUGAAAAAUAAUAAAAUGUAAUGUGCAUAUGUAUAGAAUGUAUCAUUUCUAUUCUAGGAUUCUUUUGAUGUAAGAUAUGUCAAAUAAUUGAAAGAAGAAUAAAAAGGUACAGAAGGUAAAACAUUACAAUAUACGUAAUGUAUUCAUUGGUCUAUGCAAAUAAAAGAAAAUGAUGAAAACAUAAAAAAAAAAGCGAAAAGUGUUACAUGAAAAUUAUAUAUCGUCUUAGAAUUUCUAUCCGAUGGUGGUGGUCGGUUAGAAAUUCACAUAAGGACGAACAAAAAAAAAAAGAUUCUAAGUAAGCUUAAUGAAUAAUUUAUAUUUGGCUAAGAUUAAAGUUUUCCCGCCUUACCAGAAGUGACAUGUAUGCUAUUAAUUUUUAUUUAUCAUGAUUGUAACGUGUCUGUACAUGUUAGUUUAUUACAAACUGGCAUUGUUGAGUUAUAUCUGUACGUUAGAAAAAAAUAUAAAAGCUACAAAAUGUGAA